AUGACUGUCAAGAUGAAUGAUGACUCUCUCAAGCUGGAAGAGGGCACCGAUAUCAAGCAUAUUGAGGCUCCUCUCAAUGGCACAUACGGCGCGAGGUUCUCGACUGAAGAUGUUGAAUUCUUGCGCUUAUACGAGGGUUUUAAGGGGAAGAAAGUUAUUCGUAAGAUGGAUAUACGUAUCGUCCCGGUAAUGGCCCUUUUAUACCUCUGCUCACAUAUCGACCGCGGAAACAUCGGAAACGCAAAGAUAGAGGGUAUGGAUAAAGCCAUUGGUUUGACAGGAAACCAAUACAACAUCGCCAGUACCAUAUUCUUCGUCCCUUACAUUAUCUUUGAAAUUCCAUCGAAUAUCGUCUUAAAGAAAGUCCGGCCAAGCUUCUGGUUAACAUUCUUGAUGGUAUCAUGGGGCAUCGUUAUGACACUCAUGGGAAUUGUCAAAAACUUCGCUGGAAUGGCUGCUUGUCGCAUCUUUCUUGGCCUCUGCGAAGCGGGGUUCUUCCCCGGUGCUGUAUAUCUCGUGUCUACCUGGUAUCCCCGACACGAACUCCAGCAACGGCUCGCACUGUUCUAUACCGCGUCGGCAUUCUCGGGGGCUUUGAGCGGUUUGCUCGCAUAUGCGAUUGCUGAUAUGAAUGGUCUUGGAGGUAUCGCCGGAUGGCGAUGGAUUUUUCUUCUCGAGGGAGCUGCGACUAUCGUUAUUGGAUUAGCAAUGCCAUUAUUGAUAUCGGACAGUCCCGAGAGAGCUUCGUGGUUAACCGACAAAGAGAAGCGAUUUAUUGAUUUACGUCUGCGAGCCUCGGGGGUCCGUACCGCGACCGGGGAAGGCGACAAGUUUUCUUGGAAGUUACUUCUCUCUACUAUGGUGGAUUGGAAGAUCCUCUUGGGAAUAUUGGUCUCGUGGGCGAACUCGGUUCCGAAUUCCGUCUUCAAAUUUACCCUCCCGCAGAUUCUUACAGAAUUGGGAUUCGUCAAGGAAAAGGCUCAACUUCUAACUAUUCCGCCAUAUUUCUGUGGAGGUGUAUCGGCAUGGUUGGUUGGACGUUACGCUGAUCGGUUCGCAUGGCGCGCACCAUUCAUUCUCGUACCCAUUACAUUUCUCGUGGCUUCUUUCGCUAUUCUAUUUAGCCUCUCUAGAGAUAUCGCUUCCAAUGUCGGCCCUAUGUACUUUGCCAUAGUGUUGGCACAGAUAAGUAUAUAUCCACUUCUCCCUGGAAUCUCGGCUUGGGUAGGCAAUAACUUAGCGCCAUCAUGGAAGCGAUCGAUCGGUCUUGCUUGGCUACUCGCCGCUGGAAACUUUGGCAGUAUUAUUGGAACGAACAUAUUCCUGGACAAGGAAUCGCCUACGUACCCCACCGGAUACGGCGUUUCGCUCGGAAUAUGUAUACUCGCCAUUAUCGCCGGCGCCAUUCUCGAGUUCUGCCUCUGGUCUGCCAAUCGAACAAGGAAGAGGAUUUCGGAAAUCGAAAUAAGAGAGAAGUAUACACAAGAGAAAUUAGAUGCCAUGGGAGAGAAUAGUCCAUUAUAUAAGUACACCCUAUAA